AUGGAGGAAAACUCACUCGAGGAACCGAGCUUUCCGUUCGCGAACGUCACAAACGACAGCUCGGGCUGGGAACUCAUGGAGAAAUACAAGCAGAACCAGAAAGUGAGCGAGACGGCGCUCGCGACGCUGGCCUGUUGUUACGCGCUGCUCAUCCUCGUGGGAUCGCUGGGGAACGCCUUAGUCGUCCUCACCGUCGCGCGGAAGCGAGCGAUGAGGACCCCCAGGAACCUGUUCAUCUUCAACUUGGCUGUCUCUGACCUCUUCCUCUGUCUCUUCACCAUGCCUUUCACGCUGUAUCAGGUCACGACCAUGAUCUGGAAUCUCGGCUGGUUCCCGUGCAAGUUGGUCGGAUUCAUGCAAGCGACGAGCAUCUUCGUGUCCACCUUGACCAUCACGGCCAUCGCCCUGGACCGCUGUUACGUCAUCACGAACCCGACGAGGGAGGGCCUCAUGGUACCCGGGGUCCUCAUGGUCAUGGGGGUCAUCUGGCUCGCGGCAAUCACCUUGGCCUCUCCGCUCUUCGUAUUUCAGAAUUUAAUCAGCUUCGAAUUCAACAUCGAAAACUACCCCAAGCAUAUCCAGUUCUGUUUCGAGGACUGGCCCAUCACCCGCGGCAGGGCCAUGUAUUCCAUCUUCUCCUUCGUGUUCCAGUACAUCAUCCCCAUCGCCACCGUGAGCACGGCAUAUACUCAGAUCUACUUCAAGCUCCAGGGCCGACUGGGGACGGGGAUCCUGAAAGAAUCGUCGCAGGCGAGGCAGGAGAGGGAGGACAUACGGAUCCGACGCACCAACAAGCUCCUUCUGUCCAUCGCUCUCAUCUUCUGCGUCAGCUGGCUCCCGCUCAAUUUGUUCAAUCUCUUCGUGGACCUCUUCAAUCCGUUCGAGGAUAAGCAGGAGGAGCAGGCGAUCAUCUUCGCGGUCUGCCACAUGCUGGGCAUGAGCUCGGCCUGCUUCAAUCCUCUUCUCUACGGCUGGCUCAACGAAAACUUUCAGCGGGAAUUUCUCGAGGUAUUCGCCCUGUUACCGUGCAGAAAGCGUCGGCCCCGAGAGAACAAUGUUCAGGAGCCGCGCGCCGAAGAGAUCGAGAUAUCCGAUCGGCAAGAGGUCCUGCGUAACGAUGUGCACCGGUCGGAGCCCGAGCGCCUUCCUCUCAAGACUUGA